GUUUAAUAUGGAAUUGGCCCACCCUUUGCAGCUAUAACAACCUCAACUCUUCUGGAAAGGCUUUCCACAAAGUUUAGGAGUGUGUUUAAGGGAAUUUUUGACCAUUCUUCUCGAAGCGCAUUUGUGAAGUCAGGCAGAGAUGUUGGUAAGAAGGCCUGGCUCACAGUCUCCGCUCUAAUUCAUCCCAAAGGUGUUGAGGUCAGGACUCUGUGUAGGCCAGUCAAGUUCCUCCACACCAAACUUGCUCAUCCAUGUCUUUAUGGACCUUGCCAUCCCCAAACUGUUUCCACAAAGUUGGAAGCAUGAAAUUGACAGCAAAUUGUUUGAAGAUAUGGAGGAAAAGAGAAGAACUGUGAAAGAACGAGCUGAAGAGAGAGCGAUCCAAGCAAAAACAAAGAUGCAAACCUUGAAAGAAAGUCUAAGAGAAAAAAAGUUACGAUUUUCCAGAGUUAAGGAUCAUCUUGAUGGGUAGCAAUAUUGUUGGGAAGACCUCAGUGAUGAAAUACACAAUAUGCCAAGAGGACUAAAGAGUGUGUGAUGAGCGAAGGAGAGGUUGACAAACAAACAGUCAUUUUGAUCAACACUCCUGGAUGGUGGCCGUACGCGUCCGUAAAGGAGACUUCAGAGCCAGUCAAGCAGGAGAUCAUGUCAAGUGUUACUUGUUGUCCACCAGGACCUCAUGCAGUUUUGCUGGUUCUUCAGUCUGGCGUCGCCUUCACUGAGGCACAAAGAAGGUCUGUAAAGGAGCACAUGGAGCUCCUGGGUCGAAAUGUCUGGAAAUACUGUAUAGUGGUGUUCAGCAGGGGCGACUGGAUAGUGACGCCUACGAUUGAAGAGCACAUUGAGAGUGAAGGAGAAGAUCUGCAGUGGCUGAUCAACAAAUGUGGAAACAGGUAUCAUGUACUAAACAACAUGGAGCAGGAUGAUGGGAAACAGGUCAGAGAGUUGAUGGAGAAAGUAGUGAUGAUGGCCAGAAUGAACAAUGAUCUCCUGAAACCUGUGGAAGGAGGAAUGGAGGAGAGUGAGAGUGGAUGGGCAUCUAACAUGUCAGACCAAGACAAGCUUGAGAGAGGAAGCUUAAAUCUGGAUCAGCCUGAGAGUAAGUAGCCUGACAAACUCCCUACAGAACAAUGAUCUGAUUACUGUCAGUCAGUAAAACAUGUUUAUACAAAGUUUUAUUAAUGAUAAAUU